AUGGGAAUACCUGAUACUUCAUUUCUAGAUCUAAUAGAAAAGGUUAGGUCUUGGGUUUCUUGGGGAGGUGGUGAUUUGUCUUGUUUAUCUCAGAAUUUUGAUAUGCAAAAUAGUGAUUGCAAAAUGUGUUGUGAGUGUGAUACAAAUUUUAAGUAUAAUUGUAAGAGCUGUGGCCGUUGGUUGUGUGGGAAGUGUAUGAGAAUUUGUGAUCUGCCAAUUCUUGAAUCUGAUGAUAGUAGUGGAAUCAAGGAAGCUAUUAGUUCUUGCAAAUAUUGUUCGGUUUCUAAUAGGACGCCUGAGGGUCAGCCGAGGAAGUGUGUUGAGAAAGUGCAUCCUGCUGUUUCUCCACAAGAGAGUCCUAGACAGAGUCCCGAGCCACCUUCGCCGAGUCUUAGUGGUGAAACUGAAAGAGAUAGCUAUUUUCAUGAUCGAGAGUCAGCAUAUUACGCUCAUUCCAUGCUUAAUAGGAGUUUGACCUCAUCUGGUGCUCACUCUUCUUCAGUAUCCACUCUUCCAUCUACCUUAAGGAGUGAUGAAGAAGCGACAGAAGAUUUUGGGAAGAACUCUCUCAGCCCAUCUCGUACAUAUUGUGAUAACAAUUCAGAUGUAGAUUCAAGUAGCGUUAGUGCUAGACAUGACAAUUACAACUUUAAUUCUGUGGGUACAAGUCCUUCAGAUAGCCCUUCUAGGAUUGAUUUUACUUCCAGUCGGGCCGGGCUUCCUAUCCAGAAGAAGGGGCAGGAGAAAGGCCUCAUUGAUCAGUAUGAUGCUCCCUCUAGUCAACAAAGUAUGGCUGUUUUAAGAAAGCCUGAACCCGGGACUGAGGAUGCAUAUAACACUACUUAUUUUUCUGAUGACUUGUCAAUCCGGAAUGAGAUUGAGAAUUCACAGAGGCCAUUGGAUUUUGAAAACAAUGAACCAAUUUGGUACCCUCCACCACCCGAAGACAAAGAUGCUGAUGCAGAAAGCAAUUUCUUUGCAUAUGACGACGAGGAUGAUGAUAUUGGUGACUCAGGUGCCUUGUUCUCAUCCAAUAGCAGUCUAUCUAAUAUGUUUCCUGCAAAAGAGAAACACAAUGAGGGAAACAAGGAACCUUUAACAUCUGUCGUACAGGGGCAUUUUAGAGCUCUUGUUUCACAACUCUUACAGGCAGAGGGAAUUAAAGAUGAUAAGGAGAAUGAUUCUGUCGACUGGCUUGACAUCGUUACAACUGUAGCAUGGCAGGCUGCUAACUUUGUGAGACCAGACACUAGUAAAGGUGGCAGUAUGGAUCCCGGUGAUUAUGUAAAGGUCAAAUGUGUAGCAUCUGGAAGCCCGAAUGACAGCACCCUUAUCAAAGGAGUUGUCUGCACGAAAAAUAUAAAGCACAAACGCAUGACCUCUCAAUAUAAAAGGCCUAGACUACUACUCCUAGGAGGAUCACUGGAAUACCAGAAAGUUCCAAAUCAGCUGGCUUCUUUCGAUACAUUGUUGCAGCAGGAAAAUGAUCAUCUGAAGAUGAUUAUUUCGAAUAUUGAGGCUCUUCGACCAAAUGUUUUGCUGGUAGAAAAAAGUGUUGCUUCACAAGCCCAGGAAUAUUUACUGGCAAAGGAAAUCUCCUUGGUGUUGAAUGUUAAAAAGCCUUUGCUUGAGCGUAUAGCUCGCUGCACUGGUGCUCUUAUUGCUCCAUCAGUGGAUAGUUUAUCAAAAGCACGUCUAGGGCACUGUGAAUUGUUCCGGUUAGACCGGAUUGUGGAAGAUCAUGAGGCUGGUAACCAGUCCAACAAAAAGCCAUCCAAAACUUUAAUGUUUUUUGAAGGUUGCCCGCGGCGUUUGGGAUGCACGGUCUUACUGAAGGGCUCAUGUCGUAAAGAACUGAAAAAAAUUAAACAUGUUGUGCAAUAUGCAAUAUUUGCGGCCUAUCAUUUAUCUCUUGAGACCUCGUUCCUUGCUGAUGAGGGUGCCACCCUGCCUAAAAUGAUAGUAAAACACUCAACAGACACGCCGGAGAGUGCAAUAGCUGACACUGACAUUUCUGUAGUAUCUAAUACUUUUUCUUCUACCACGUGCCAAUCAGAGGCUGAUGAUGCUUCUAGAGCGAAAGACUCUGUUGGUCAUGUGGUGAUUGGAAAUUUGGGAUCAGUGUCGGGGAAUCUCGAUGAACUUAACUUUGAUUCAUACAGAGGCACCAUGGGGGAUUAUAGUGUUGAGAAUAUGCUCUCUGAUCCAUACUAUAAUAACCUAACAUCUAAUUUGACUUUAGAAUCAGAUUAUUUGCAUGAGUGCAGUGAAUCAGAGGCAGACACUAUGUCUAGAGACCCUUCGCGAGUAGAUUUGCAAGAAACCAUGCUUCAAGGGGAAAGAGAGUGUGAAGUUUUUGACUCCACAAAAGACAAGAUUAAUGAGGAUGAGUUUUCUGGUGAAUACUUUUCUGCCGCUGAAGCCCAUCAGAACAUAUUAGUGUAUUUUUCCAGUCAUUGUGUAUCAAAAGGAACUUUAUGUGAACGGACUAGAUUGCUGCGCAUAAAAUUCUAUGGCUCUUUUGAUAAGCCACUUGGGAGAUAUCUCCACAAUAGUCUUUUUGAUCAGGCAUAUCGCUGUCAGUCUUGUAAAGAGCCUGCCGAGGCCCAUGUCCUUUGUUUUACACACCAGCAAGGAAAUCUUACUAUCAAUGUUAAGCGCCUCCCCUCUGUGAAGUUACCGGGGGAAAGUGAUGGCAAGAUUUGGAUGUGGCACCGGUGUCUGAGGUGCCCAUUUGUGGAUGGAGUUCCACCAGCAACUCAGAGAGUUGUUAUGUCGAAGUCUGCUUGGGGAUUGUCUUUUGGAAAGUUUUUGGAACUUAGCUUCUCAAAUCAUGCAACUGCUAAUCGAGUUGCUACCUGCGGACAUUCUUUGCAAAGAGACUGCCUCCGGUUUUAUGGGUUUGGGAGCAUGGUUGUUUUCUUCCGGUAUUCCCCUAUUGAUGUUCUUUCUGUCCAUCUACCCCCAUCUGUUCUGGAAUUCGGCUACAUCCCAGAAAAGUGGAUUAGAAAGGUGGCAGGAGAGCUUUUUAGUAAAGUGGAAACCUUGUAUGCGGAGAUAUCAGAUGUGCUUGAACAAUUGGAAACAAAGGUUUUCUCUCCUGGGGCUGGAAAUGAGCUGUCAGAUGCCUAUGACAUUCAUAACCACAUACUUGAUCUAAAAAACACUCUUCUAAGAGAAAAAAUGGAUUAUCAUACUUUGCUAAAAUCAGCCGAUGUGACUGCUGAGCCAGGAAAUAUGACUUUAGACAUUUUGGAACUGAAUCGGCUGAGACGUUCACUUCUAAUUGGUUCACAUGUUUGGGAUCACCAGCUAUCCACAUUGGACUCUCUUAUUAAAAGAAGUCUUAGUUCUAAGGUUAAACAAGAAAGAGAAUCAUUUGCUGAUGUUAAUAAUGAAUUAAGAGUUGACUCACUUCAUAAGGACCAAAGUUUUGACUCUUGGCUGGAGCAAAAUAAUUCUCAGCCUUCAAAAUUGCACGAGUCUCAUGAAAGUCAUAAGCUUGUAGAGCCAGAUGACCAAGUUGAGUCUCGUCAUGGUUCUGAAGCAUCUGCGUGUUAUCCUGAUGGGGAAGAACCACAUUCCGAUGGUGAAUUUGUUUACAACAAUACAUUAUCUGACUGUAUACCAUCAAAGGAAUCCAAUCUUUCUGAAAAAAUAGAUUUGGCAUGGACUGGAACUGAUCAACCUGUCCCGGUAAACUCUUCCUUUAAAAGGUUGACACAACCACUGAGAGUUCAUUCUUUUGAUUCGGCAUUAAGAGUUCAAGAAAAAAUCAAGAAAGACCUGCCCUCAUCUUUACACAUGUCAACACAUCGAUCUUUUCACGCUUCUGGAGACUACAGGAAUAUGGUCAGAGACCCCAUCUCAAAUGUGUUGCAAAGUAACUUUCAAGCGUUGCCGUGGGAAUCACAGAAGAUAAAUCUGAUCUUGAGCUCCACGCCAUCAUUCCUUUCUUCCAUUUCUCACAUUGCUGAAGGUGCUCGGUUGCUGCUUCCCCAAACAUGUCACGGUGAUAGAGUUAUAGCUGUAUAUGACAACGAUUACUCCAGCAUAAUAUCCUACGCUCUUAGCUCUAAGGAUUACGAAGAUUGGGUUUCUGGGAAGUCUGAUCUGCAUGAUGGGAACUGGAAUUCUAGCGAGAGAAACAAAGAAGAUUUAGCUAAUUCCAGCUUUUCUGCAUGGGCCACUUUGGACUUGGAUUAUAUCAAUUAUGCUAGUUAUGGCUCUGAUGAUGCUCCUCCAUCUUCAAUUAGUUCUUUUAUUCGGGACAACAAAAAACCUUUGCAUGCACAAAUCUCUUUCGGCGACGAUUCUUUGGGUGCUGGAGGUAAAGUGAACUUUUCUGUCACUUGCUAUUUUGCAAAGCAGUUUGAUUCACUUAGAAAAAAGUGUUGCCCUAAUGAAGUUGAUUUCGUGCGAUCUCUUACCCGUGCCCGGAGAUGGAGUGCACAGGGAGGGAAAAGUAAUGCAUACUUUGCCAAGUCAUUAGAUGAAAGGUUUAUUAUUAAACAAGUGACGAAGACCGAAUUAGAAUCAUUUGAAGAGUUUGCACCUCAAUAUUUCAAAUACCUGAUAGAUGCAAUGAACUCGGGUGGCCCAACUUGCCUUGCCAAAAUUCUUGGUAUUUAUCAGGUCACUGUAAAAUACCCAAAAGGUGGCAAGGAAACAAAGAUAGAUCUGAUAGUAAUGGAGAAUCUCUUUUACAAGAGAAACAUAACCAGGGUGUAUGAUCUUAAAGGGUCAGAAAGAUCUAGGUACAAUGCAGACACAACUGGGGCUAACAAAGUGAUGCUAGACAUGAAUUUGUUAGAAACAUUGAGAACAAAUCCCAUAUUUCUCGGAAGUAAGGCUAAGCGAAAACUCGAGAGAGCUGUGUGGAAUGACACAUCCUUUUUGGCGUCAGUUGCUGUUAUGGAUUACUCAUUGCUGGUUGGGGUGGAUGAUGAGAAAAAGGAACUGGUAUUGGGGAUAAUUGAUUUCAUGAGACAAUACACAUGGGACAAGCAUUUAGAAACAUGGGUUAAAGCUUCUGGAAUACUUGGGGGGCCUAAAAAUGCUGCCCCCACAAUUGUUUCACCAAAACAAUACAAGAAAAGAUUCCGGAAGGCCAUGACUACCUACUUUCUCACCUUACCUGAUCGAUGGUCUUGA